AUGGCCGACACAGAAAAUCUAGAGACAUCUCCCGAUGCACAGGACGACGCAAAUAAGGAAAAGGCUUCCGAAUUCAUUCGCCAGGCUCAACAUCUCGCCCAAUUCCAUCCCUCACAAGAGACGCCUCUUACCGGCAGUACUCAAGCCGCCAAAGCCAUCUUUAUCACGCCUCUGGACCCGGUCAUCGAAACCGUCUCUGGCAAACGUCUGCCUACUAUUCCUGUCGACGAAGCUCUAAAGCUCAAUCGCCUCAAAGACGAAUGGGAAGGUGGCGAAGCACAAGCUCUUUCGGAGCCAAAUUCAAGCAGAGAGAAGGUCAAGCUUGAUGAUUGCAAUGUCGAGCAGAGUGAAGGAUCAGGUGUCCCGCUGGGAGAUGCACUCCCGCCUUCAAGGACGCAUCCGCUAUUCCCACCUCUGCCGCUGUAUGGACCGCCGACUAGGAUGAGGGAGCUACAGUGUCUAUUUUUCCGCGCGACGUCGUCGGUACUGUCGCUGUUGUUCUUGUUAGGAAUCGUUCUGGGUGCGAUCGUAACGGGUAUCAGGAGCGUGGUAAGAUCGAAAGGCGUCGCAAAGCACCGGCCGUUCUUGGCGGAGGAGAGGAAAAGAAGAGCAGAGCGAAAAGCAGCAGAGAGGGAAUGGUCGAGACGAAAGCACGCAAGAGGCUCCGAAACGCCAUCUGGCGAAAAAGGCAUGCCUCGAGACGGCGAAUUUGUUCCUGCAGAAGGCGGUCCCGAUCCCCUCUGCACUUCCAUCGCCUACUACGCCCGCCGCGUAGGUCUUGACGCAGAGGUAUUCAACGUCCAAACCGAAGACGGUUUCAUUAUCGAGCUCUGGCAUGUCUACCAUCCCCGCGACGGAAAUAGUAAGCCCAAAUACCCUGUGUUGCUCAUGCAUGGUCUCCUACAGUCCGCUCUCGCCUUCUGCUCCAACUCCGACGACAGCCUGGCAUUUUACCUCUGCAAAUCAGGCUUCGACGUUUGGCUAGGCAAUAAUCGCUGCGGCUUCAACCCUCGACACGCCUCCCUCUCGCCUACCGAUCCACGAAUGUGGGCUUGGAAUAUCCGCCAAAUGGGAGUCAUGGAUCUGUCAGCACUGAUCGAGCGAGUGCUGUCGGAGACGGGCUUCCCGAAGCUUGCGCUCGUUGCGCACUCGCAGGGCACGACGCAGACAUUUGUGGCGUUGGCGAAGGAACAGUGCCCGGAUCUGGGGAGGAAGAUUUCCGUGUUCUGUGCACUGGCACCGGCGGCGUACUCGGGCCCGUUGAUUCGAAAGGCGUAUUUUCAGUUCAUGCAGAUCCUUACUCCGGCGAUGUUCAGAAUGGUGUUUGGCAUACACAGUUUCAUCCCGAUCAUGAUGUUUGCGCAUCGUGUUCUGCCCGCGGCACCGUUUGCUUGGAUGGGUUAUCAUGUCUACUCGUUCCUGUUCGGGUGGUCGGAUAGUCGGUGGGAGAGGGACUUGCGCAAUCGCAUGUUUCAGUCUGCGCCGGUGUAUGUCAGUGCGGAGAGUAUGCGGUGGUGGCUGGGCAAAGAGGGUUUCGCAAAGCAGAAGUGCAUUCUGUCGACGAGAGAGGAGGGGCAGAUGGAAGAUGCGGAGGACGAGGAAGAUGAUGAGCGAAACCUGGCAAGCUUUCAUUGCCCGCAACCUGGACAUCGACAUCAUGAUACGGUUCGUGGGAAGUUUGCGUGGUACGAUGAGCGGUUUCCACCACUGGCGUUAUGGGUCUGUGGAGAGGACGAUUUGGUGGAUGGGAGGCGCUUGCUGAGGCGCUUUGAUCGAGGCAGAGAACCGCAUGUCAGGGUCGUGCAUCAAAAAGUGAUCGAAGGAUACGAGCAUCUUGAUGUCAUCUGGGCAAUGGAUUCGAUUCAGAAAGUCGGAAUUGAGGUCAGAGAGGUCAUUUGGAGGACGGCAGACGAGAAGAGCCGGGAGCGAUGUCGAGUACCCAUCGGAUAUGAAGGGAGGGAAAGCGAUCAGAAGCAGGAAGAGGACGGAAUAGUGGAUGUACCGAUGAUGGACAGUAGUGGUCGAGCGAGGAUGGCCAGUAUCAGUGAAGGUACCGGAAAGCUGCAGAUCGAUCGAUCGAGGGCUGUCAAGGAAGGGCAAUAA